CGGGCGGCGGAGUCCUGUGAGAGCCGGAUUGGGGCUGCAGGCGGGGCCGGGCGCGGCGCAGGGCGGCCGUCCCACGCGCUCUUCGGCGCCCGGAGCCCACAGUUGAGGCCCGCCAACGCGGCCGCCGCCUUCCGGGCACCGAGGGUGUGGCCGUGCGCCUGUGGGCGAGUGCGCAUGCGUGAGCGGGUGUGAGCGCCUGUAUCUACGCGGCGCGGUUUAGAUGCUGGUCGCCGGGUCCGGGUCCGCGUCCGCCAGGAAGCCUGCGCUCACCAUUGUGCAUCUCUUCCUUCUCCGAGUUCCUAUGACUUACCUGCUGCCGUCCGAUCAUUGUGAGACCCAGAGGCAAGAGUCAGUAAGACUGAAGAGAACUUGGGCACUCCCAUUGGCUCCAUAAGUGCCUAUGGUAUAUCAGGGUCCCCGUCUCCACAUCCCAUGCCUUUUCUCCUACCAAGCUGCCCCAAAAGUGAAGUCGUUGCAGGUCCAUGGAGGGGCCUCCAUUUAUGAAAGGUCCUCAGAGCUCAUAGGGUGCCCUGGCUUUCCAGACUGGUUUUGCACGGAACCCAUUCUUCAGAUGAACUUGAUUAUGGCAGGAAAAGUAAAGUGGGUCACUGAUAUCGAGAAGUCUGUGCUGAUCAAUAACUUUGAAAAGAGAGGAUGGGUCCAAGUGACAGAGAAUGAGGACUGGAAUUUUUACUGGAUGAGCGUGCAAACCAUCCGAAACGUAUUUAGUGUGGAAACUGGGUAUCGGCUCUCAGAUGAUCAAAUAGUCAACCAUUUUCCGAAUCACUAUGAACUGACCCGGAAGGAUCUGAUGGUGAAGAAUAUUAAAAGAUACAGGAAAGAGCUAGAGAAAGAGGGGAGUCCUCUGGCAGAAAAAGAUGAAAAUGGAAAAUACCUCUAUCUGGACUUUGUCCCGGUCACCUAUAUGCUGCCUGCCGACUACAACCUGUUUGUAGAGGAGUUCAGGAAGAGCCCGUCCAGCACCUGGAUCAUGAAGCCUUGUGGCAAAGCCCAGGGAAAGGGUAUCUUUCUAAUCAACAAGCUCUCGCAGAUCAAAAAGUGGUCCCGGGACAGCAAGACAUCUUCGUUCGUGUCUCAAUCUACUAAAGAAGCCUACGUGAUCUCUCUUUAUAUUAACAACCCGUUACUAAUCGGUGGGAGGAAAUUUGACCUGCGUUUGUAUGUUCUGGUGUCUACAUACCGCCCGCUGCGCUGUUACAUGUAUAAGCUUGGGUUUUGCCGGUUUUGCACAGUGAAAUACACCCCGAGUACCAGUGAGCUGGACAACAUGUUCGUUCAUCUCACCAAUGUUGCCAUUCAGAAACAUGGGGAAGACUACAACCACAUCCACGGGGGCAAGUGGACCGUCAACAACCUGCGGCUCUAUCUAGAGAGCACCCGCGGCAGAGAGGUGACCAGCAAGCUGUUUGAUGAGAUCCACUGGAUCAUCGUGCAGUCCCUGAAGGCCGUGGCGCCUGUGAUGAACAACGACAAGCACUGCUUUGAGUGUUACGGCUACGACAUCAUCAUCGAUGAUAAGCUGAAGCCCUGGCUGAUCGAGGUUAACGCAUCCCCAUCUCUUACCUCCAGCACCGCCAACGAUCGAAUCCUUAAGUACAACCUCAUUAAUGACACCCUGAACAUUGCGGUCCCUAACGGCGAAAUUCCAGACUGCAAAUGGAACAAGUCCCCCCCAAAGGAAGUUCUUGGCAAUUACGAAAUUCUGUAUGAUGAAGAGCUGGCCCAGGGCGACGGGGCUGACCGAGAGCUGAGAAGUCGCGUGGGCCAGUCGCUAGGGCCCAAAGCAGGCCGGUCGAGAGACUCGGGGAGAACUAUCCUCACGACCUGGAAGUGACCGCCUGCGAGAACAGAAGACUCCGACCUGGACCUUAUCAAAACCACUCACUCUACCUGGCUCCUCCUGAAGACCUGUUUUGAAAUUUCUUUUUUCUAGAGCUUUUCUCCUUUCGUACGCCCUGUAAAUAAAGAAGCUUCUUUGGAAGGUUCUGGAGUCUAUUUGAUGAGGGCUGGAAGAACUGA